AUAGGAUUUCUGUCAAAAAAAGGAUAACCAACAUUAUUAUCAUGAAAAAAAUUUUGUGUUAUUCAUUAUUUGUGUUUCAAAUUCAUUUCCUUUUACAUAGUAGCAGUGCCAAUAAUAAUAAUAAUUACAACAAAAACAAGGUUCCAGCAAUAAUAGUGUUUGGAGACUCAUCAGUUGAUUCUGGUAACAACAACUUCAUUCCAACAAUUGCAAGGAGCAACUUUGAGCCAUAUGGGCGUGAUUUUCCUGAUGGAAACCCAACAGGGAGAUUCUCAAAUGGAAAAAUUGCCCCUGAUUUUAUCUCUGAGGCCUUUGGUCUUAUGCCAACUGUUCCUGCAUACUUAGAUCCGUCUUAUAGUAUUUCAGAUUUUGCUAAUGGUGUUUGUUUUGCAUCUGCUGGAACUGGAUUUGACAAUGCUACUUCAAAUGUUGUUGAUGUGAUACCUCUGUGGAAAGAAAUUGAAUACUACAAGGAGUACCAAAGAAAAUUAAGGACAUAUCUUGGUGAGGAGAAAGCUAAUGAAAUAUUCAAAGAAGCAUUAUAUUUGGUUAGCAUAGGUACAAAUGAUUUUCUAGAGAACUAUUACACACUCCCUCAACGUAGGUGCCAAUUUAAAAAAGUUCAACAAUACGAGGAUUUUCUAAUUGGACUAGCAGAGAAUUUUUUUAAGGAAAUUUAUCAUCUUGGAGCAAGGAAAAUUUCUCUGACAGGGUUGCCUCCUAUGGGGUGUUUGCCAUUGGAAAGAGCCAUAAACAUUAUGGAAUUUCAUGGUUGUGUGGAGGAAUACAAUAACGUGGCUUUGGAAUUUAAUGGUAAAUUAGGAUGGUUAGUCAGUAAACUUAACAAGGACCUUCCUGGGCUUCAAUUAGUUGAUGCAAAUGCAUAUGAUAUCCUUUUGCAGAUUGUUACACAGCCUUCUCGUUUUGGUUUUGAGGUUGCACAAGUGGGAUGUUGUGGAACAGGGAGAUUUGAGAUGAGUUACUUAUGCGACCCAAAAAGUCCAUUUACAUGCUCAGAUGCAAAUAAAUAUGUAUUUUGGGAUGCCUUUCACCCUUCGGAGAAAACAAGUCAGAUAGUCUCUAACUAUUUAAUUGAAAAAUAUUUAGCAAAGUUCCGUUAAUUUUAAUACAAGGACCAAUAUGUCCUUCCAAUUUCAAUACUAUUG